CAGGUCUCGAUAUGACGGUGGAAGAUAAUACAGGGUCGAUGUUGUCUACUCUGACGACUGCCCUGCAGUCUGCUGCAUCCGCGUUUCCAGAGACGGAGCAGCAAUUGCUACCUCCCGCGGACGGCAUUUCCCUCCUCGACAUCAAGAAUGACCUUCUCCUCUCCUACAUCCAAAACCUCGCCUUCCUGGUCAUUAUCAAGCUGCGCAAUGGCUACGCAGGGGACGCGUCAACGGAGCUGGCCUCCGAAGUUACAAAACAACUUGUCGACUUGCGGGUUCAUCUGGAAAGAGGCGUACGUCCACUGGAAAGCAAAUUGAAAUACCAGAUCGAUAAAGUUGUGCGGGCGGCCGAAGAAUCUGAUCGGAGGACAGCUCAAAAGGCGGCAGCGGGUCAAGAGUCACAGAAACGACCUACAAAGACGACCACCAACGAGAAUGGUAGUGUCUCGGACGACUUCGACUCUGGUUCAGAAGAAUCCGCGGAGGAUGAUGCCGUCGAAACCAACUACACUGAAGGCGACAUGUCCGUGGGACCAAGACCUGCUGCACUCCUGAGGAACAUGGACACGCGCAAGAAGGAAGAUCAAUCCGUCAAGUCACGAUCAACAGGCGCUGGUGCGUACAAACCUCCACGUAUAACACCCACUGCAAUGCCGGAGCCAGCUUCACAGCGCGACCGCGACGUCCCCGCGAGGAAGCGCAAGUCGCAACUCUUGGACGAAUAUAUCGACGAGGAACUUUCCACAGCACCACGGGCACAAGCAUCGAUCGGCUCGAACAAUACUAUCGUCAAGCAUGGACGUGGAGCUAUGUCUUCCAAAGAGCGUGAAAAGGAACGAGAAAGAAUCGAAUACGAAGAGAGGAAUUUCGUACGGUUGCCUGCAGAGAGUAAAGCUGAGAGGAGGAAAGCGCGGCAACGCGGUGAAAUGGACAAGCGAGAUCUAUUCGGUGGGGAAGAUUGGACGGGUCUGGGUGGAUUGGGCGAUCGCAUCCACAGGAGCGUUGCGGGCAGAGCGCGGGGAGAGGGGUCCAGUGUGCUUGAGCGAAGAGAAAAGAGGCGGAGAGACACGCAGGACGGGCCCAGAGGAGACGGUUCCAGCGGUGUGGGAAUCGGUGAGAGUUUUGAAAAGAGAAGGCGGAUCAUGCAGCAGAGGGCGGAGAAGAAGGCGAGAAGGAAGGGGUGAGAGGGUGAUUCUCCUCGUGAUGAUUCAGUCUGCUGAUCUGGGUCGGUGUUUGUAUGCUGGUUGAUGUUGGCCCAUUGGACAUUGCUCGUCGACUCUAAACACCGAGACGAUUAAGCCCAGCUCCUCAAGACGGAUGAAGUGGCAGCCUCUUUGUGCGCGCCGAGACGAUUCUCCUCGCAAUCCCUCCGAAAUUGGACUCAUCGAGAACAGGACGCUGCGGAAGCAAUCUGGCAUGCCGUAGGCGGGGGCUACAGAAACGAAGCGCACUCUUGAACAUACGACAUCGGAAUGUUGAAAGUGUCGCUGCCGCAGUCCCCAUCUCACCCGUUCUGGCCUCGUUGCCACACCUGUGAGUCGGGCGCUGUGUCGGUCGAACCGCUGGUCUGAAUGAUGGGUCGUCAGAAACUAAAGAGAGGGUCGAAGCCGAUACGAAGCAGUGACCAUCACGGCAGUCCAUGAUGUUGGAAUUGGACGUGAUUGUCUUAUCCACGGACCACCCUUUCACCCACAUCUAGUCACGUCGCGCAGCAGCUCUCUCUCUGGCAAUACCCGCGACUAGCACGACGGGCGAAGAGUCACACGGGAAGCUGAAAGCGCAUUUCAGUAAUCAGAACUCGAGCUGAAGCCGCGCCUCGUCCAAUACGGGUGAAGAGACUGUCCAUACCCACCAAUCUACCUACCUACGAGCUCGUACCUGUUCUACCUGCAUAACUAGCUCCAAGAUGAAAGCGAACUCCAUUCUGCACACUGGCUACACUGCCCUCGUGGGUUUAUUCAGCCCGCCACCGAUGUUUUACGUUACUUUCCUUUACUUUACGCAGCAGCAGAGCAUCACCAGGAGCGGGAGGAAAAGUAAUCAAUUUCUCCCGGCGGCUAUUCAGCGGCAAUAAUAAUCCAAGCACGCCUCUCAAAGUUCGAGGGGGGGGGAGAGAGAGAGAGAGAGAGAGAGUGUGUGUGUGUGUGUGUGUCUAGUUACAGGUCACGGGGCCUCCUCGCUCACUGUUACGCUGGACCAAGACACAACGUCUACUCUCGAAGUCUGACCCCGAUACAUUCUCAGUGCCACGUAUCACUUUUUUGCAGAAGGUCCCGUAUGUUUUGGGAAGACAAGUGAUUCAAUCGGACUGACCUGAACUAUUGUCGACAAAUCUCCAACCUUCGUGACUGAGUAAUAGAUACCCAAGACCUAGC